GUAAAUUUCAAUUGUCAAUUCCUGAAGAAGUGUGAAAAUGUCCAUCAGUAUUUGAUAAUUUAAUCCAAAAUGCAUUCUAAGUGAAGAAUCACCAACCAAUAAGCCAUAUGAAACAACUUGUACCGCAAGCAAAUAUUGUGAAUACCGGAAGUCUGCAUCUUGAAAGAACUGAGUUAUCUCCUCUUGGAAAUACUCCAGAUUGACAACUAGGGGUUCCAGGGGGUCAGUGAAGAUUAUUCUAUAAAAGAACCUUUAAAGCUGGAAAAAUUCACUGGAUCUUGAUGAAUUGUUGGGAUUAGUCUUCACACUUCGUCAACAAUAUUCUUCGCUUGAUUGGUAAUAAGUGAUCUAAUUUUUCUAAUCACUCUAUUUAUUUUUGGAAAAGCUGGAAGCUUGAUUUUGAAUCAAAACAAAAUGGGGAAAAUUAAAAAUGACUUUCUUUAACUCAGAUCAUCAGGAUUAAUAAAAACCAAGAAAAACGAUUGUGUCUUCAAGAACGUAAACCUUGAUCCUUAAUUCCUAAAUUGAUCUCUGUCUAUCUUAUGCCACUUUUAUAUCAUAUUAAUACUCGUCAUUAAGAAGCUAUUGCUC